AGAACCACAAUAGGCUCACAGCCAUUCUGCUUUCCUAGUCCACAUAUAUUUUUCUAGCUCUUGUGUUUGCGUUUCAUUUUCCAAAAAUGGCCGAGGCACUCAUCAACCUGCUUCUGGAACAGUUGGUUACAGUUGCUUUUGACCACACAAAAGAAGCUGUGACACUGGUCUCGAAUGCUAAGACAGAGGUCAAAAAAUUCAGCAGCAAUCUCCAAGCAAUUCAAGCUGUGCUGGAGGAUGCUGAGAAGCAGCAAGUGGAGAAGGCCAGCGUGAAGAUCUGGUUGGAUCAGCUGAAUGAUGUCUCUUACGAGAUGGUCGACGUGCUAGAUGAGUGGAACACUGAAAUUCUGAAACAAAAGGCAAAGGGAGUUCCUACUGAGAAAAAGAAAACCUUCAAGAAGUUCCUCAAUAAGAAUGAAUGCUUUACAAUGGAGGCUAAAGAAGCAAACACAAGAAUGAUGGUAAUAAGUGAGGAGGUCCGUCAUUUGAGCUUAAUGUAUGCACCCUAUAGUUCUCCACUUCUGGAUUUUAUUCCCCUAGUGAAUUGCAAAAAGUUGCGUACUCUAGCAACUUUUGAUUCGAGUAUGAGUAGCAUAGAUAUAAAAGCAAUUUCACAACUGAAAUGUCUGAGGACAUUAAAUCUGAGCGACAACGGCAUUCAAGAACUUCCAGAAGAGAUUGGUGAAUUGAUACACUUGAGGUAUCUUGACUUGUCUGAAAAUGAUGGCUUGGAGAAACUAGCACACAGUUUGGGCAAUUUAUACAAUUUGCAAACCUUGCGUCUUACUGGAUGCUGGGGGAUUAGAGCGCUGCCUGAAAACAUGGGGAACUUGAUUAAUCUAAGACAUCUUCAUACCAAGCGUUGUGAUUCGCUGGAGUAUCUGCCGAGCGGUAUCGGGAGAUUAACAAGUCUGCAAACGCUAAACACGUGUCCUGUUAAUCAUGAUAGUGGCCCCAGUGAAGGCUUGAAAUUAGGAGAUCUGGGAAGCUUGGACCAGCUUCAGGGCAGUCUCUUCAUCAAGAUCCAGGGGAAUUUGAAGGAUGCUACGAGUGAGGCGCAGAAGGCUCGAUUGUGGAAUAAAAAGCUUUGUAUUUUGGUGCUACAGUUUCCAACUUUGGACAAGCAGAGCCAUGUACAAGUCCUGGAGGCGUUACGGCCGCAUCAAGAUCUGCAAACUUUACUGAUUGGUUAUUAUGGUGGCACCACCGCGCCCAGUUGGAUGAUAUCCUUACAGAAUUUGAGAUCCCUUUCUCUUCAUGCUUGGGAUGGAUGUGAAUUUUUGCCUCCUCUUGGGAAAUUGCCCUUCCUUGAAAAACUAUUAGUAUUCGGAAUGGAGAAAGUGAAGACGGUUGGAGAUGAAUUCUUGGGAAUAACGGACACUCAAACAUCCUCAUCCUCAUCCUCUGUUUUAUUCCCAAAAUUGAAAAAACUCCGUUUCGAGGAAAUGGGUGAGUGGGAACAGUGGGAAGGAGUUGGAGGGCGGACAGAAAGCAGUGGUGCGGAAAUUUCAAUUAUGCCAUGCCUUGUUUCCUUCAAAAUUAGGGACUGCCCUAAACUGAUGAACCUGCCACUCUUCCUACAAAACACGCCGGUCAGAAAAAUUCGCAUCAGUGGCUAUCGUCGGAGUAUUAUAACACCUGUCUGGCCCGAGAACUGUGACGUCAACAUUUAUAGAGCGCUCGAGGAUCCAGAGACACCAAAUAGUACUGAGAGCAGAGUUGAAACAGAAAUACUGAUAGACUCACAGGGAUAUGAGGAGAUGUGGCAAGAGUUACCCUCAAAUUUUCUAAUUUCAAAUGCAACCUCUUCAUUAGCAUUAGAAUGCAUGUGGACGCAGCAGAGUGCAGGCAGUCAUUUAUAGCUCCUGAAUUCCUCAAAAGGACUGAUAAUGAUGUCAAUAACUAUAGAACAUGAUAAGCUGAAGAAGAAGCACAGUUUGGGCAGACUUCCUCAACAUUCAGUCAUCAUGUCAUCUCUUCUUCGUCAACCCUCAAUCCAGCUCAAGCGAUGACUUUACAUUUCUGGUUCUAUUUGUUCAAGUUAC